GCCAGCCAGUUGGAGAGGAGUAUUAUCCCGGCAGAGCUAAGCUUCUACUGAUCUCAGGAUUGCACUACCGAGUCAGAGUGUUGCUGUUGUUCCUCUCACCUGCUGCUGACGGCGAGGCAGCAUGGCCGACCGACCGACCGACUGACUGACUGACUGACUGGGAAGUGAAAGGAAACGAGGCCUGUCUCUGCUGGAGUCACUCAGAGUUGAGGUGAAAUGGCUCUCCGCAGAUCCCCUUCCUCCACCUGUGCAGAGUCAUGGCCCAACGGUGCAGGCUUCAUGCGAGUGGCCACAGCACUCAGCGAGUCCUCUUCCAUCCACAGCGAUGCCCUGUUCCACCUGACCAGGGACAUGUCCGGGAUCGGACUGGACCCCAUGUACUACAGCAUCCUGGAACCUGAACCUGUCAAAGAGGAGCCCUGGGCUGAGGAGUCACAAAGUCUGCUACAGCGCAACAGCAUGCAGAGCUCCCCGAAUGAAGACAAGAUCCCAGUUGUGGGAUCGACUUCAAACCCCCAGGUCAGCGGAGAAGGCCUUUACUUCUGUGACGGCCAACGGAAAGUUGACUACGUUCUAGUCUUUCAUCAGAGGCGGCACGGCUCUAUACGAUCUCCUGCCAGUACAUCAGUUUCACAGGACCGGUUAUCCAUUGUUUCCAAUGGCAACUUUCCUCCGACGGGGGCCUCAGAUGUGGCACCAGCAAGAGGAGAUGGCAUUCCAGGAGGGGAGGCUGCAAGUGUCGGGGAGGUGUUCAUGGAGCUUGGAGCUGCAGGAGAGAGCGAGUCAACAGAACCUGCUGACCAUGAGAUGCAUCUGAUCAGACAGGAGUUUGAGGCAAACCUGAUUGAGGCCGGUUUGGAGAUUGAGAGGGACAGAGAGUUGAAGGCGCACGGCCCCAGCUUUACCCGGCUCCAUGCACCGUGGCCGGUGUUGUGUCGAGAGGCUGAGUUCCUCAAGAUUAAAGUCCCUACCAAGACGAGUUAUGAACUUAAAGAGGAAAGUGGUUUUGGGUCCAGCAUGAGCACAGUGUGGAGGAAACUGAACCAGCCUUUCCAGCCCAAAGUAUCACACCAGGACCACGGACGCACCAAGUUUCUCUCACACUGCUUCUCCAGGGACAAGCUUCACCUGUACAACAUCACAUCUAAAGACACAUUCUUUGACAAUGCUACAAGAGGCAGAAUAGUGUAUGAGAUUCUGAGACGGACGGUGUGUGCACGGACCUGUCAAACCAUAGGCAUCAGCACAUUGAUAGCUAAAGGCGUGUAUGAUGCUGCCUUCCCCAUUCACGAUGGUGACUAUAAGGUCAUCGGACACCUCGAGGAGAGGAACGACAGACAGGUUCUGCAUGAAGAGUGGGCCAAAUACUCAGCCUUUUACAAGUACCAGCCCAUUGAUCUUGUCAGGAAGUACUUUGGAGAGAAGAUUGGCCUGUACUUCGCAUGGCUCGGUGUUUAUACUCAGCUGCUCAUCCCUGCCUCCAUAGUGGGAAUCAUUGUGUUUGGCUACGGGGUGGCGACAGUGGAUACCAAUAUACCCAGUCUGGAGAUGUGUGACGAGCGCCUCAAUUUCACCAUGUGUCCUCUGUGUGACGGAGCCUGCGACUUCUGGCAUCUCAGCACCGCCUGUGGCACCGCCAGAGCUUCACACCUCUUCGAUAACCCUGCAACUGUCUUCUUUGCCAUCUUCAUGUCUCUGUGGGCGGUGCUGUUCCUGGAACACUGGAAGCGUCGUCAGAUCAGUUUGAGCUUCAGCUGGGAUCUGACAGGCAUCGAGGAGGACGAGGAACACCCCAGGCCAAGAUACGAGACCAUACUUCUUCAAAAAAGACAGAGGAAGCAAAAAAACAAGAAAAAGAAGAAAAAGAAUGAGCCAGAGAAGCAGGAGGACGGGACAGUGACAGGGAAGGACAGAUGGAGACAAAAACUACUGUCUGCCAUGGCUGCAGGAAUACCGUCUGCCAUAGAGAAGCUGACCUGGAAAGACCGUCUUCCUGGAUACUUCAUUAAUGUUUCCUCUAUCCUCUUUAUGUUUGGGCUGACGUUUUCCGCGGUUUUCGGUGUCAUCAUCUACCGGAUCACAGUGUCAGCACUGAUGGCGAUGAGCCCCGACCCAGAGACCAAGUCCAACGUUCGGGUGACGGUAACAGCUACUGCGGUCAUCAUCAACCUCGUGGUUAUCCUGAUCCUAGAUGAAAUCUACGGUGCUGUGGCGCUGUGGCUGACUGAGCUAGAGAUUCCCAAGACAGAAACCAACUUUGAAGAGCGUCUUAUUCUGAAAGCCUUCUUACUUAAGUUUAUGAAUGCAUACGCUCCCAUCUUUUAUGUGGCUUUCUUCAAGGGACGGUUUGCUGGUCGACCUGGAAAUUAUGUGUACGUCUUCAAUGAUUACCGAAUGGAGGAGUGCGCUCCAGGAGGCUGCCUCAUUGAGUUGUGCAUUCAGCUCAGCAUCAUCAUGUUGGGGAAGCAGCUAAUCCAAAACAACAUCUUUGAGAUCGGCAUCCCGAAAUUGAAGAAACUGGUGCGUGCAUUAAAGGAGAAAGAAUCAGCACAGACAGAGAAGGAGGAGGAGAGGCCUCCACAGCAGUGGAACCUGGACUACGCUCUCGCUCCCUUUGAAGGCCUCACGCCAGAGUACAUGGAGAUGAUCAUCCAGUUUGGUUUCGUGUCUCUGUUCGUGGCUUCUUUCCCACUGGCUCCUCUCUUCGCCCUGCUCAACAACGUCAUCGAGAUCAGGCUGGAUGCCAAGAAGUUUGUUACAGAGCUACGCAGGCCAGUCGCUGUACGCGCCAAAGACAUUGGUAUUUGGUACAACAUACUGAGUGGAAUGGGAAAAUUCUCAGUCAUUAUAAAUGCCUUUGUGAUCUCCUUCACAUCAGACUUCAUCCCUCGGCUUGUCUACCAGUACAUGUACAGUCAGACGGGCACCAUGCACGGCUUCAUUGACCACACACUAUCCUACUUCAACGUAUCCAAUUUUAAACCCGGCACGGCACCGCACAACUCUGAGCACGGAGACAUCACCGUCUGCCGAUAUAAAGACUACAGGGAACCUCCCUGGUCUGCAGAUGCGUAUCACUUCUCCAAACAGUACUGGUGCGUCCUGGCUGCAAGACUGGCUUUCGUCAUACUGUUCCAGAACCUGGUGAUGUUCCUCAGCCUCGUGGUCGCCUGGGUGAUCCCCGACAUUCCCAAAACUAUUGUGGAGCAGCUAAAACGGGAGAAGAAGCUUCUGGUCGACGUCUUUUUACAGGAAGAGAAGGACAAAUUCCAGCUCAUCCAGAGCCUCUUUGCUAAGGAUGCCAACCUCCAACCAAGCAGCCACAUGCUCCAGCCAGGCCAGAGCAUCCCCAUCCCAGGCCGCUACAGUACUCUACCCUCAGGCCCCACGGCUGGAGAUGGAGGAGGAGGGACGAGGGCGAGGUGUAGGGCUGCCAGCUUCAGCCAGUUCAGCAGGAAGGCUCCUCCUUCACCCAGGAAUGAAAACGAGAAUUCCAGACACACGGCGGUGUGACGUGAAACAUGCGUGGGAAUGCCUCAGGACUGUCGCUCGGGUGACUCAGUCUGUGUAUGUCUUUGCCUGUGUUUUUGUGUCCUGGUGUGUAUGACACAAUAGAGCCGUGGUUAAGCAUCACGGCUCGCCUUUGAACGUAUCAUUUGAAUUCACUGGUCUGAAUGUGUGUGUUGUUCCUCCUCGCACUGACUGUUCACCUGAUCAAGUGUUGUCAUUUUUACUUUUUGGUAAAAAAUUAUUUAGUGAGGCGCACUAGCUUCAUAGCGUAGAGAAGCAAUAAUUACUAUAUUAGGCUGAACAAGUGAAUACUGCAGGAACGUGGAAUAGACUGGAACUAAUGGACAGGUUCAUUAAUAAGCACUUACCCACCUGAACAGAUUGAUGGACAUUGUGACUCAGCUUCUGGGCUGCUUUUUGUGCUUCUGCUCUUCAUGUAUUUUUGUUUACAGAACUUGUAGCAGUUACUUCAUUUCAUAUUUUCUGUAAACUUUUCUCUUUAGUAUUCAGGAACCAUUUUUUCAGACUUUACUAAAAUUGUAACGUCACUGAAGAUGCAGCUGCUGGUCAUUGUUACUCUACACCUCCCCUACGCAUUCAUGGAUGGAAAUUUAGGAAUUAGGUGAUCUGUAAAGCAGGAAACAGUAUAAUUUUAUCCAUAUGGACUGACAUCUGUCAAGUGACUGUAGAAUGACUUAAUAUCUACACUUGAUAUAUGACUGUAAAGAGAAACCAACACUUUUGCAAACUGUGAAUGGGAGUGAGCUGGGAAUGGUCUCACAGUGUUUAUCAGUGAAACAAAAACUUCAUCAGCAUUCCUUCAUUCUGAAAUACCAGACUGUAUGUUCUGAUGUUACUGCAGGUAAGUAAUGAAUCUGAGGGAAGACCUUUAUCUCACAUAAAGGUUGUGACUCUUCAGCUCUUAACACAGACCAACUUUAUUUUGUACAACUGGACAAUCUGUUUCUGACUGCAAACCGGUCUUCUUAUCACCGACACAUCUGCCUGAUUUAUUUGUUCAGAUCAUUUUCAGCUUGGUGGUUAGCUAGCAUACUAUCUAGUCUAACUAUCGAUGUAUAGGUGUUAACGACUUACAACAACAUACCAACUAAAUUAGCUUUUGCAUGUUAAAGUCAACUGAAAUUUGGAUUCUAGUCACCUUUUUUUGCAAAGAGAUAGAAGUUCUAAUGGUACUGUAGCUAAUGUACAUAAAGUAAUGUCAUUUUGUGAAGCACCGUCUAAUCUUCUCAGUGGGUAGUUCUUUUGGCAGUGGUUGACUGACAUUUGAGGGCCAGUGUACAUUGCUGUGCUUAUUAGAGCACUACAUAGCUCAGUAGCUUACAAACAUUAAUACAAGAGAUUUCCCUGCUCUAACAAGAAGCCCAAGUCCUGUUAGUGAUUUGUUCAUUUGCAGUAUUUAGUAUUUGAGAAGACCUAUAAUGCUGUGCAUUAUAAAGCUAAUGCUACGCUCACGUCAUAUUUGAGUUAUUAUAAGUUUCCCACUUGUGCAUAACUAAAUAGACUCAAAUUUAAUAGUUACAGCAGUGCAUUGGAAGUGUGAAAUUUAUAAGCCUCUUAUGUGCAACUCAGUGUUAUUACAGUCCUGUAUAGUAGCCAUUAAUACUGUUUUCAGCAAAUAGUUUGAUUGUUAGGAAGAACUGCAGCGAACGCUUGCAUUAUUGAUUUGUUUGCGGUUAUUGUCCAGGACAGUGGAAAUCUCCAGUAAUGAGUGCAGCAGCAUCAGAAAUAUGGCUGCUGACGUCUUCAGUUUUCUGCACAAAAAAAUGCUUGUAAGUCCAGUGAUAAACCUUGAUUAUACUUGCUGUGGAUGGACAGAUGGAAAGCUUUGGACACCAUGGAGUUGUUACACUAUUUUCUAGUCGCCUUAGAGUUCAUAUAUAAGCAGAAGGUCAUAUCUAUGUGUUCUGCACAUGGUGACAUGUGAAAAGCAGUUCUUGCACAGACACAAAUUCUGGGCUGCAUAUGGAGAUCCAUGUAGACAGCUGUGGACUUGGACAGAUGUCAACCUUUUUCUCACACAGCCCUUACACAUUUGAAGAUGUUGAAAGUAUAAAAAUUGGCCCAACACUGGCCUAUUACUAAUUCUGGCCAGUCUGCAAUAGCCAGCCCAUGUGAUAACGAUAGAAGAGCAGCAGCAGAAUACAUAGACACUACGUACUGUAUGGAAGUCCUCCUACCAUCGAAACCUCCCAGGGCAGACUAAAAAGUAGUAUAAUAACAACAAGUUACACAUCCAUGGCACCCACAGCUGUCCAUGUGCACUUCUUCAAGGGAGUAUAAUCAAGAUAUAAGUCUUAAUGUCCCAUAUUGUAAAAGAUGACUAGUCCUAUAUUCAUGAAGACAAAGUUAGCUUGUUAAAUUUAGCCCUUCCCAUUAUUUCACCACCUAUGGAGUCCUGUAGAGCUCCUUGGUGUGCUGCUUCAUCCUGCAUCAUAGAAAGAAGGAGGCCUAGCUACCAGUAGCUGUCUCUUUUUUAUGUGUCUAGAUCAGGUUAACCAGACUGUCAGCAGUUACAACAGGGGGUGGUCAGUGUGAUUCCAUAUGUUAGUCCCUGAUUCACAGCUCAGCAUGGAGUGACUAAAGGCUGCUUUCCACUGCAGCACCUUUGGGCCAUUUUAGGACAUUUUAGGGCUUUUUAAGGUUGAACCUUUGUGCAUGUUUCGACUGCUAGAACCACCUGUGUAAAAGUUUUUCAGGGCUGCUUCAGGGACCUACUCAAAGGUAGGUGUUUCUGAGCAGCCCUGAAAAACUCCUGUGCUGGUGUCAGUGCUGAUCGCUGAAAUUUAGAGAAAAUAAAGGCUGCUCACUUUUAUUUGGAAAGGACAACUACUGUUUUUCUUCCCUAUCAAUGUCCUUGUUAAGCAGUAACUUUCUCUGUAAUUUUGUUAUCUUCAGUGUAAAUUGCCUUAUAAGCUACUCAACAAAAACUACAUGGCUGUACUUCCUACAUGCUCACAGAGCUAGAGUUAUAUCCAGUAUCCACCAUCUGUAGCAGCCAUGGUCCACUUGGAGUUAAUGUCACGAUGGAAGCUGUCAAGUCCUAAACCAAAAUGGAAACAGAAAGGAUUAAAGGGCUGAUUAUGGAGGCAUUUCUUUAAACACUGGCCCCUGAGUUUCUGCAGUGGAAAGCCGCCUUAACAUGCAGUCACAUAGUAACAUGUGGAGAGCUCAACCUCACAUGGAACUAAGCCAUGGCUAACUGUCCAGCCACUAGCUUAACUGCCUGUGAGUCCUUUACAGUUAGUGAUAUUAUGAACCAUUUUCAGUGCCAGCAGAAAACUAAAAAAAACUUAAAUUUCACCUGUUUGAUAGUAAGAAUUUAGACCAAGCACUUACUCACUAACACACAGAAAGGAUAUCUACUGUGUGCUUGUUUCUUAGCACAGAUUAAUUUUAAUUUCAGCUCACCUUUAACCAUGAAUGUGUCCAGAGACCCGGUAAUAGUGUGGAAGAGUCGGUCCUGCUGCCAGUGUGUCUUGAUGACCAGCUUCGGCAUGCAGACUGAUGGUAUAUGCUGGGUGGGCAAACGUUCACUGAGUUCAUGUCAUGAUGUUAACAUGCCGACAUGCUGUAAACCUUCAGUGCUGUUUCAGAGGCCUUGUAACUGCUCUUUAUCUGCAAAUCAACACAGUAUCUGUCUGCUCAGCUAGUGGAAGACUGUUAACUUUAAAUGUAUCCACUUGAACUAUAGGAUGUUGUGAUAAAGGUUUAUUUGUUAUACACGCUUUUGCUGUUCAAGAAGAGAAACGUUCAACCUUACUCAAUCCUUACCUUAAGCUCGUGUACAAAUUCCUAAUUACAGAAUUGUUGGAUGGAAUACAAAGUUAUUUAUUUCAUAUUGUGUGAUCUGUUUGCUUUUAUCCCACUGAUCUGUUUUUUUUAAUCAUUAUUAUUUUGUUUUUUGGUUAUUUUUAACCAAGUAGUAUUAGUGAGAUCACUUUUGCUCCAAAAGAAAAGUACUACUAGAACAACAAACAUACGUCACUGCUACACAGUGGCAUUGCAACCAUUUUAACAGAAAUAUAUUCAGAAAUUUCUCACGUA